GCAACCACAGAGAGAUCAGAUUGGGAAAUUCCCUUCACUCUAUUUAUCUCUCUUUCUUUAUUUCCUCCACAGGCGAGGCCACAAUGUGCUGAAGGUUCAGCUCCCAUCCAAGGAAGAACACGUCAUUUUGGUACGGCUCUCAAAGGUCCAGCGGGCCCUUUAUACGGAGUUCAUGAACCGGUUCCGAGAUGCAGGCAACAGUGGCUGGCUGGGACUGAACCCGCUCAAAGCUUUCUGUGUCUGUUGUAAGAUCUGGAACCAUCCAGAUGUGUUGUAUGAAGCUCUGCAAAAGGAGAAUCUGGCAAAUGAGCAGGAUUUGGAUGUGGAUGACCUUGGUACAGCAAGUGCUAAUUCCCGUUGCCAGCCUCAGGGAAUUAAAGUCAAAACAGAGAGUAAUGCAUUGGCAUCACCAGUGGGAGAAGCUACCAAUAGCAAGUUCCUCCAGAGUGUUGGCUUCAACCCUUUUCAGGAAAGAGCAAAUCAGGUUGUUACUUAUGAGUGGGCCAAAGACAUCUUGUGUAAUUACCAGACGGGAGUCUUGGAGAACUCACCCAAGAUGGUGUUACUGUUCCACCUAAUUGAGGAAAGUGUGAAGCUUGGAGACAAGAUUUUGGUCUUCAGCCAGAGCUUGUCCACGUUAUCUGUCAUUGAAGAGUUUUUGGCAGAGAGACCAAUGCCGAAUCCUCCAGGUUCAGAUGGGGGAGUUCACAACUGGGUCCGAAACAUCAACUAUUACAGAUUGGAUGGCAGCACCUCUGCCUCGGAAAGGGAACGACUGAUUAAUCAGUUCAAUGACCCCAGCAACACCUCUGUUUGGCUCUUUCUUUUGUCCACACGUGCUGGGUGUUUGGGUGUCAACCUCAUUGGAGCAAACAGGGUGGUGGUGUUUGAUGCUUCUUGGAACCCGUGCCACGAUGCCCAGGCCGUGUGCCGAGUGUACCGCUACGGGCAGAAGAAGCCAUGCCACAUUUACAGACUGGUUUCCGAUUACACCCUCGAGAAGAAGAUCUAUGACCGUCAGAUCUCCAAGCAGGGCAUGUCAGAUCGGGUGGUGGAUGAUCUGAACCCAGUGCUGAACUUCACCCGGCGAGAGGUGGAGAACCUGCUGCAUUUUGUGGAGGAGGAAUCCGACCCCACUCAGCUGUCCCUCAAUCCUAGCAAGAUGAAGGAGUCUGUUCUACAAUUAGCCUGUCUCAAGUAUCCUCACCUCAUCACCAAGGAGCCUUUUCAGCAUGAGUCACUGCUGAUCGACCGGAAGGAGCACAAGCUGACCAAAGCAGAAAAGAAAGCAGCCAAGAAGAGUUAUGAGGAGGAAAAGCGAGCAUCCGUCCCCUACACCCGGCCGUCCUACGCACAGUAUUACCCAGCCAGUGACCAGAGCCUGACAAGCAUCCCUGCCUUUAGCCAGAGGAACUGGCGACCAGCCCUCAAGGGUGAGGACAAGCCGGUGGCAAGUGUCCGCCCAGUUCAAUCCACCCCAAUUCCUAUGAUGCCCCGGCACGUCCCCAUGGGUGGUACAGGAUCAACCUCAAGUUCCAACCCCGCUGUUAACUUCCCCAUCAACUAUCUACAGCGAGCUGGUGUCUUUGUGCAGAAGAUUGUCACCACCACAGAUAUUGUGAUUCCGGGUACAAACACAUCCACUGAUGUACAGGCAAGAAUCAGUGCUGGUGAGAGCAUCCACAUCAUCCGAGGGACAAAAGGGACAUAUAUCCGGACCAGCGACGGGCGGAUUUUUGCUAUCCGGACCACUGGGAAGCCAAAGGGCAACGAAGACCGUCGGACAGCUGCCUCAGGCUCCCAGAGCUCUUCGCUGGAGUCCGCGAGCAACGGCAGACACAGUGCCUCAUCACCGCAGCUCCCCAGCGCAGAGGAGCUCACCCGGCCCCUCUCCCCCGACAGCCCCGAGAUCAUCAGCGAGCUGCAGCAGUACGCUGAGGCGGCGGCUG